CAGCGGCGCAGCUCCCGCACGGCCCCGCGCUGUCUCCGCCGGGAAGAUGGUGGCCAGGCUCCGAGCGAGAAAGCUGGCGCGAAGGUACCGGGUGGCGGCUGCGGCCGUCCUGGCCAUCUUGGCCGUGCAGGCGCUUGCCGUGUGGAGUUUCAGCGGCCUGGAAGCCGAGGAUAAGACAGGGAGAGAGAAGAGGACCAAACUACCAGACGGCAUUGAGGUGGACAGUUCUGACAGCCGACACCUGGGGCCCAAACGGCAGAAUGCUGGGAGAUUGGUCGUGGAACAUCUAAGCAGCACUGCCAGUGUACUGAGGGCUAGCUUAUUGAGGCAGAAGCCUGUAGUGCGAUACAGAAUUGGUCCAAGAAUCCACUUCCGCAACCCUAUUCAAAGUAAUCUCUCCAGCAGCAGAAACAUCAGUGAGGUGAAAGGGGACUCAAAGAACAGUGAUACUGGCAGUGUAGGAGGGGCACCUCAGCCCACCAGCAAUGACUUCACACCUAAUUGUGACAUAAUAGGAAAAGAUGCCUUGUCUGCAUUGGCCAGGGCGAGCACUCAGUUGUGUCAGCAAGAGAUUGCCAAUGUGGUCUGUUUACACCAGGCUGAGAAACUGAUGCCACGGUCUGUACCUCGCUUCUGUCAUCUCUCAGGGAAACCCAACAGCAUCAUCCAGUGGGAAGAUGGCAAUGUGGAUCUAACAUCCAUCCAAAAUCCAGUUAGAAUUGCUUAUGUUCUUGUUGUUCAUGGUCGAGCCAUCAGGCAGCUUAAGCGGAUGAUCAAAGCCAUUUAUCAUCAGCGGCACUUCUACUACAUCCAUGUUGACAAGCGUUCUAAUUACCUGCACAGAGAGGUCCUACAGCUGGCACAGCGAUACCCAAACAUCCGGAUAAGUCCCUGGCGAAUGGUCACAAUAUGGGGAGGGGCAAGCCUCCUGAAGAUGUACCUACGUUGCAUGAAGGAUCUGCUAGAAAUGUCUGACUGGCAGUGGGAUUAUUUCAUUAACUUGAGUGCUACUGACUACCCUACCAGUUUCAAAAUAACAAAAAAGGAAAAGGGCCUGAAGCAAAAGUUUGGGCAUCCUGAAUGGACAGACGAUGAGCUGGUGGUAUUCCUCUCCAAAUACAGAGGGAAGAACUUCCUGAAGUCUCAUGGCAGGGAUAAUGCCAGGUUCAUCAAGAAACAGGGUUUGGACAGACUCUUCCAUGAAUGUGACAGUCAUAUGUGGCGCCUUGGAGACAGGCAAAUACCUGAGGGCAUUGUAGUGGAUGGUGGUUCCGACUGGUUUGCUCUGACUCACAAGUUUGUUGAUUAUGUGGUGUACUCGCAGGAUGAGCUGGUCAUUCAACUGAAGCAGUUCUACGGGUACACUCUGCUUCCAGCUGAGUCUUUCUUUCACACCGUGUUGGAAAACAGCCACAUGUGUGAGACGCUAGUGGAUAACAACCUGCGCGUCACCAAUUGGAACCGAAAGCUGGGCUGUAAGUGUCAGUACAAGCACAUUGUGGACUGGUGCGGCUGCUCACCAAAUGAUUUCAAACCACAAGACUUCAUAAGGCUUCAGCAAAUGACAAGACCAACAUUUUUUGCAAGAAAGUUUGAAUCAACUGUUAAUCAGGAAGUCAUUGACAUCUUGGACUCGCAUUUGUAUGGCAGUUACCCUCCUGGGACAGCAGCUCUGAAAGCCUACUGGGAGAAUGUCUUUGAUCAUGUGGACGGGCUGAGCAGUCUCACUGACGUUGCAAUUACCAGCUAUCUGGUUUUCUUCAAGCUGGGCCUGAGCAAGCUGCAGACGGAGCAACAAAGAACAGCCAGCCACUGCAGGUAUGUGCCUUUGGGCUAUCCACUCUCUGUUAACGUUUACUUCUACGAUGACCAAUUCCAAGGUUAUUUGGUGAUGCAGCAAGUUAAGAACAUGACUACAGGACAGAAAGAAACACUGGAAAGCUGGGUGUCACCUCGAUCCAUGCUCCGUCUUGCAAAUAUCAACCCUAAAAUUGACCGACUCCAGAGCCUGGAGGUGGGAACAGAAUGGGAUCCCAAGGAGCGAUUGUUCCGAAAUUUUGGUGGUUUGAUUGCACCCUUUGAUGAGCCCGUUGCCAUGCAGAGGUGGGCUAAAGGUCCGAAUAUGACAGUCACGGUGGUGUGGAUUGAUCCCACAUAUAUCAUUGCCACUUCCUAUGACAUUACAGUGGACUCAGAGGCUGAGUUUACCCAGUAUAAGCCCCCAUUAAACCACCCUCUGAGGCCAGGCAGCUGGACUGUGCGGGUGCUGCACCUUUGGACCCUGCUAGCAGAAACCAAUUUCUUGGUGAUUCCUUUGGCCUUCAGUGGAAAGCGGCCUCUCAGAAAAGGACAAGACCAGUGGCUACAUGCUGGCCCACCAAAUAAUGAAUAUAUGGACCAGAACUUCCAGCGCCUCAGAGGGAUUUUGAACCUGCCUCCAUCAGACGUAGCUGAGAAGGAAGCUGUACAAAACUCUCAGCUUGUUGGUGAGCAACUAGAAUCCUGGAUAUAUGAAAGUGUGGGCAAAUUCUGGUCAGCUACUGACACCUGUGUAGUGGAGCCUUCACUUUGUCCUGCACUACAACCUUGUCAAAAAACAAUCUGGAGUUCACUAUCUGAUGACCCCAAAUCUGAACUGGGACCAGUGAAAGAUGAUGGCCGCCUGAGGUAGCAAAGGAGAAUAGUUGUGGGGAGAAUUGGGCAUAUAGGACUCAACCAUAUGGAAAGAAACCCACCUGUGGGCUAGUGUGACAGUCCAGUGGUUUGUCAAGAUUGAUACAAGAAUGUCUUCAAUGUGUUAAAAGGACCAAACAUUUAACACAAUGAUUGGGGGAAGGAGAAGCAGUUUUCUUCAGGUACCCUGGAUCAACCAGUCCAAUGCAGCUGUCUGAAUUUCGGCAGGAGUUGCACUGACAUGUCUGUGCCCAGCAUAGUGUGGCUGCAAAAGGAAUGAAGACAGCGGUCCCUGAUUGAGCGGCUUAGAACAGAUAUGAAGAUGAGCUCAUUAUUCGCAGUUUCACACAACUGCCUUUUGAAAUCCUUGUUCCUCAGCACUUCAGCUGUGUAGCUGUGACUGAAUUUCAGUGAGAUGCUAUUGGAUAGAAAGAAAUGAAAUCACUUGCUAGUUUGGAAGCCAUUAGCUUGCCCCAGAGGAUGAGAAUCAGUAACUUUAGAUAUUAAAGAUUAUUUACAUGUGGCCUGAACUUCAGAACUCUAAAUAAUAAAGACAUAUGUUUAUACAACAUUUUGUCAUCAGUUUGUGCUCACCAUCAGGACGGACCCCAUUCAGGGGCUAUGGAUCAUUUUACACUUCAGGCCUCAAUCACGUCAAGAGCAGGUACGUCAGAGUUCAACCCUGGAGUAAAGCUUCCUCUGUCUGCUGAUGCUGCGCGAGGCUGCCUCGCAAUCUCCUCAGGCGGCCCUUAACUGUCCCAGAGCAAGGCAACGCAAGGUUUAGAUAAAAUGUGUAACUCCUAUGACACUGCUUCAUCAAACACUCACAGUGGUGGCAAUGGAUGGAUAACCCAGACACUAGAGUUAAAAUCCUAUCUGUGGAAUUAUACUAAACUUUAAAUUAAACUUUAAUUGCAAAACUGCAGAUUAUUACAAAAGCUCGUCUUGUUCAAUAAUACCUUUCAGAAGAUGUAAUAUAUAUUAAGUCCAAUAAAAAACUGCAGAAAUCCUAAAGUGGUUGGCUCUUAAAUGUCCUGGUAUGCCACUCACUUCAUCAUAACAACUAGAAAGAAUAAAAUCAUGUAUCCAGCAUUGACCUUGACACCAAAUUCUCACAGGACAAGGAAAUUCCUCAGUACAAGUCAAGUAGUUGAUGUGCCUGUCAAUAUCUUAAAGACAGUUUGCCUAUUAUAAUCCACUGGAACAGGACAUACCCACCAGACAGGGUGGUACCUUGGUAGGCAGUAGAUCUGGGAGUCCUCAAUGUUGACUCUGACCCUAUCAAGCCCCAGUACACGGUUCUGCCAGUUGGUGAUUCUUCUUCAACAUGUUGGACAGUACUUGGAAGAGGGACAAAAGUUACUCUAGGCCCAACACCCAGAGCGGCAGUAGCAGCAACACUAAAUGUGCCGGAUGAGUCCGGAAGGGCACAGCUGCCGGACUGGGUGUGCAGCAAGUAAUAAGAAAACCAUUAAAGGAAAAUCUACUUGACCUCAUCCUUGCCAAUCUAUCUGUGGCAGAGACAAGAGAAUAUUGGUUGGAGACUACAGGACUUCACAUUGUAUUGCCAGUCACAGCAGUGUGCUUAAUGAAUGAACUGAGAACAGACCUGGCAGCUCAAAACCAGGCAUUCAUGAUGAUGGAUGACCAGCAGCAACAGAAAUAAUCAUCUUCAAAAUCUGUAAUUUCAUUUUCACUGGCAACAUGUUCUCUUCCAAAUUACAGCCCACCCUAUCUUAAGCAAUAGAUCACGGUCCUAUCAACAUCGCUGGAACUAAGCAAUGGAAUUCACUCCUUAGAAGUAUCUUGGGGGUACCUUCAGCAGGACUAUAACAGUUCAAAAAGGCAGCAUCUUCAUGGUGGGCAACAAAUGCUGGCCAUUCCAGAUCUUAAAAAAUAAAUAAAUAAAUAGCUUCUUGGAAGAUAUACCAUAUAUUACAAAUACAAAAUUUCUCAGACAUUGAAAAUCUGAAGAAGAAACAAGGUUGCUGGAAAUGCUUAGCAGGUUGGGCAGCAGCUAUUGUAAAGAAAUGGAGUUUGUUUUGGGUCAAUGAUUUUUCAUGGGCCAGAUAAAUCUGUACUAUAUUCUACAUUGUCUACACUAUCUUCUACACUGUCCCAUGAACCAAUACCUGUGUAGAUGCUCCAUCUGUCAUAUACAAAGCAAGUCAGCUGUCAACCCCUGCCCAGUGUACGUGUAGCAGACAUCAGACACAAAAUAAACCUUCUCUGCACUAUCCCAUCAAACACAUCCAAUGCAGGCCAGAUAAACAAUAAAGCCCUUUCCAACAGAACAAGUGGGUAUGGUUUCUUUUCUAUUUCUUACUCAACCAUCCUGAAUGAGAUUAUUAAUUUGCAGAUAAAGUAAGAAAUGAAUAAGGAACUUACUUUUAUUUGACCUGAUCAUUUUAUGCUGUAAGUUGCAAAGGAUUAUGUUUGAAAUCCAAUUAUUUUUAAACAGAAAUAAUGCAACAAAAACAGUUGAUUUGUAAAGGAUACUGACUAUAUCAAACUAAUGUUUGGUUAGCUGAAGCUAAUGGAGGAAGUAGACCAGCAAAAUGAAGACCAGCCAAUGUGGGCUUCAGAUGAGGUUCAGCUGCAAAUUCCUGGUUAAAUGGCAGGGAAUGCCAUAUUACAUAUGGCUAAUUAUGCAAAGUACAGGUUUUGGGGGCAUUGGCAAACGCAAAUGGGAGAUGAGAGUUUUUUUUUCUUGAGCGGAAGGCACAACUUUAUCAAGGGGCAGAAGCACAUUCAGUUGUAGCUUUCAACAAAUGAAACUUCAGUAGAGCAAGUUGCAAGUUUGGGAGAAGAGGUGACAGUGAAAUUAAAUGGAGAGGUUUUGUAAAGGAACAGCACAUUGACAAUGGGCUGAAAGUCCUCCCCUCCUCAUUUUGUUUCUUUCUUUACCAGGAGGGUAUUAGCACUUUAUGAGCAUAUCCCACUAAAGAAGCAAAUUGACUAGUUUUAAAUACUCCUUACUGUGCAAUAAAAUUCAUUUUCAUUUGUGAAAUGGAGGAAUUGAUAAUGCCUCCUCUAUCAGUGCAGCAAGAAUUGUAAACCACUGCCCAAGGCUCACCUCACAACCCCAACUCCAUGUUUAAAAGAGUUUGUCUACCAUUUUGAUUUUUCUAUUCAUGUUUACUUGGACAAUUGGUAUUGCUUGCAAAGGCUUUGUUACAUAAAAUAUUUAUACAUUAUGUAUAGUUUUGUUUGCUGUGCAACUAUAGCUCCAGUCAUAUGUGACUGAACAUCUGCCCUUCUCAGUUGUCAACAAUUGUACCUUACUACUAGACAUCAUUUUGAAUUUUUCAUAGAAAUGGUUAAUACAUAUUUUUGAACAAUAAAAUAUAUACCAUAUCAGUCACUAAAUGUUAUUUUGAUAUCAGGUUGUGUGAGAAUCCAUGAAUCUUGCUGUCAAAUGCUGGAAAGUGUGACUCUUCUAUUUCUGUAUUAUAGAAUCUUCUUAGUUGUGUUGGCCUACGUAUUACCAUCCUUCACCAGCCUCGUUCCGCCUUCAGUUAACAGGGAUCUGUUUGUUUUGUUGUAGACAGAAAUGGAGAUCACUCCACAUGAGAGAAAUCUUCUUUGCUGACUCGCCUCCCUUUCUGUAAAUUCAUUAGGUUGAAAAUAUUCAUAGCACUGCACAAUGAUCAGUCUGAUCCAUUUGCCACCUGCUUCCAUGGCAGAUUCCUCUGGAGUUGUUGAUCUAACCAGGCUGUGGAUAUCUGUCAUUCUUCAGGGAAUUAGUAAAAGGUGAAGAAUGAAUAUUGUGAAUCUAGACCAAGAGAAG